UUAUUUCCGCUCCUGCCUAUGAGUAAAAACAUUGCACUAUCAUGUUCAGAUAAAGCGUCAAAAUGACAUUAAUCGCUUAUCUCGCUUGCGGUUUAUCACUCCGACUUGCUAGCAAUAAAGAGAAGAUUUCAGUGUUCGAUGGUGGUGAACCGCGCGAAAUCACCGAAUUGAGGAAAUGCACUACAAGGCGUAUCUUUUUUCUGGCUUUGCUGUCUUGUGCAUAGUUUACUUCGUCUGCUUUCAUCAGAUCUUCAAAAAUAACUCCACAACUCUUCAAAUAUGCAUCGAUGAAUACUCGGAGGAAAUCGCGUCAUUUCUCAAAAUCUCGCAAAUUUCAAGUCACACAGAAUUAUUUUCAACCCCGAGUAAUUUCCCUAGCACAGAGGCAAUCAGUGCCGAAGUAACAAAUGAAUCGCAAACAACGGUGAGUCUAGAACAAAUCCCAGAUCCUUCUUCAAAACAAAGAGAAGACUCGAUCAAUACCGAGACUCAUCUUCUUCAAAAUUCUGCCACAACGUUGUUGGCAUUGGAGGAAACUGAACCCAACCCAUGGAAAACUUGUCCUGAGCCGGGGCAAGGUCCGCAGAGCACCUUCCUGUCAGCCCUAGUGGACGGUCGUCUCGGAAAUGUGGUUUGGUCGUAUCUCUCUGUUGCAAUGGCUGCCAAAAUCUACAACCUUCGCCCGGUUUUGACUGCCUCAACCGUCGACUUUCUGCACCAGUCGGUUUUCGAACAAUCCUCUUUGAAAAUCCCAACCAUCGAGUGGCUUGACAAAAAAUGCAACAUGGACGGCUGGCUCAUGAACCUUUACUUGAACGAAACCACUACGGUUCUGCAGUCCAAGAGCAUGUUGUUCGAGGAAAUGGAGAACAUGCCAACGGACGGUUUCAAAAUGAUUAAAUACUCCUUCUUCAUUACAAAUUCGGAGCAGCUCAUUCCUUUCUGGCGAGAGUUGAAAAAUGAACUGGUGUUGAAAGAAAAUCUGAAGAUUGCAGCGCAGAUCGAGCUCCACAGAUUUUCGAAAUUGUACCAGGUGAUAAAUAGAAAUUAUUCUAUGGAAUACGUUGGCGUGCACGUCAGACGGACGGACUACGUGCACCAUAUGAACGCCGUGCAUCCAGGUUCAAAGGUGGCAAGUCCUAAUUUCUUUCAUCAUGCAAUGAACUGGCUGCUAACGGAGCGGGAGAAACCAUUGCUGUUCGUGGUGGUCAGCGACGACCGCAACUGGACCAAAACGAACAUUGUUGACAAGAGAUUUGACACCUUUUUGGCAGGGGACGGCAAUGAAUCAGAUCCGGGGCUGGACCUGGCUUUGCUGGCCGCCUGCAACCACACAAUUUUCGCCUAUGGCACUUUCGGGCUGACAGGCGCGAUGCUCAACAGCUGGCAUGGCGCUAUCAAUAUAAUUUUCGACCCACAAAACCGAACGGUGACAAAAGAAAUGGAGCUGGCGUCCAAUAUGCCCGGCUGGCGCAUCAUGGACGACGACGGCAAUAUUAAUUACAGGGACACACGCUUCAACUCCGAGUUCUACUUGCAUCCUCGCAUCCCAGAGUGAACAGAAUCCGCUGAGUCGCUAUUUAUUUGCUUUGGAAAGCAAAUUGCAUUCAUCGAAUGAAGUGAUGACUGAAUUAUAUAGCAGAAAAACGGUCUUGAGUUGUGCGUUUCCGCGAGGACGCUUUGUAUCCAGCUGAUAAUGUGUUCGCGAUAAACAACUAUCGCAUGACCUCCUCCCAUGUGGGUGAUUAUUCUGAGGAGGAUACCUUAUUAAUUGCUGUGCCGCCAAGCCUUUAAGACCAAGAUUAGCGAACAUGUUUGGAGUAAAAAUGUAAUUACUAAAAUUUCGAUUGCUUGCUAUAUAUUUUGACAUAUUAUCUGAAAACAUUUUUAUUUUUAUCUCUUCUUGGCGAAAAAAAAAUCCUGCCGCUUUGAAGUGUGAAGUUUAUUGCGAAAUAACAUAAUUUACUCAUUUCACACUGAUAUGUAGUGACGUUUAGGCAGCAACUAGAUUAUCAAAUUCCUUAGCGAAUCCUUAUCUUAAAAGAGGUGGAAAUUUGGAGGGUUAAGAAUUUUAGAUAGCCACCGAUUUUUCUCUGUGCCACUCAUGAAUCCGUCCAAAUCAGCCAAAACUGUCUAAAUCAUCAUUAACACCUCAAACCCAAGAAUUCAUUUUGUGUGGUAGAAUUACUAUAGGCUAAAUUUGAAUUUUUAUAUCGUAAAUUUGGACCAAAAAACGUCUUUUAAUUUUAUAAUAAUUUUCAUCCCGAAUAAAAACUACUGCUUUGAAGUUUUAUUAUUUAAGGUUCAUGAAAAUGCGUCAAAUUUGACCUAGUUUCAUCACCAAAAUUAGUCAUCUCAUCCCUAGGAAAAAUGAAAUUUAUCCAUAUUGUACGGAACUUAAUAAUUGAUGUGUAGAAAGAGCUAUUUUUAACACAAUUGGCCAUAAAAUAAAAACAAUAAAAAACGAUAUGAAUAAAUAUGCUUGUUCGCAAUCGAAGAGAUAAUAUUUAUAAAUAAUA